GUUUAUCUUUUCUCCCUUCUUGUAGAGAGUUUUGAGGUGACCUUCACCAAAGAAGGGGAGAUCUGCGGCUUCAGGAUUCAUGGGCAGAACGUGCCGUUCGAGGCGGUGGUGUUGGAUAAGUCCACUGGCGAGGGUGUGAUCCGGGCCAAGGAUAAACUGGAUUGUGAGCUGCAAAAGGAGCAUACCUUCACCAUCCAGGCCUAUGACUGUGGAGAGGGACCCGAUGGCGGUAACAUGAAGAAAUCUCACAAGGCUACCGUCCACAUCCAAGUGAAUGACAUGAAUGAGUAUUCACCAGUGUUCAAAGAGAAGUCCUACAAAGCCACAGUGAUCGAGGGCAAAAAGUAUGACAGCAUCCUGAAGGUGGAGGCUGUGGACGCUGACUGCUCUUUCCAGUUCAGUCAGAUCUGCAGCUAUGAGAUUGUCACCCCAGAUGUGCCCUUUACCAUUGACAAGGAUGGCAACAUCAAGAACACCGAGAAGCUGAACUACAGCAAGGAACGCAUGUAUAAACUCACUGUGACCUCAUAUGACUGCGGUAAAAACCGUGCGUCUGAGGACGUUCUUGUGAAAAUCAACAUCAAGCCCACCUGCAAACCAAGCUGGCAAGGAUUUAAUAAAAGGAUUGAAUAUGAGCCUGGUACAGGAAGUCUAGCCCUGUUCCCCAGCAUGCACCUGGAGACCUGCGAGGAGCCAAUCACCUCCAUUCAGGUCAGCAUCAUGCUGGAGACUAAUCACAUCGGCAAGGGUUGUGACCGCGACACGUACUCCGAAAAAUCCCUGCACAAGCUGUGUGGUGCCAGCGCUGGCACUGUGGAGCUGUUGCCUACUCCAAGCAACUCUGCCAACUGGACUGUUGGCUUGCCCACUGACAACGGGCACGACAGCGACCAGGUGUUUGAGUUUAAUGGCACCCAGGCCAUAAAGGUCCCUGAGGGUGUGGUGAGCACCACCCUGAAAGAGCCCUUCACCAUCUCAGUGUGGAUGAGACACGGACCUGGAGGCAGGGAGAAGGAGACCAUACUCUGCAACUCUGACAAGACCGAGAUGAACAGGCACCACUAUUCUCUGUACGUACACAACUGUCGUCUAGUGCUGCUGCUGCGUCAGGAACCCACCGAAUCCGAGAACUACAAACCAGCUGAAUUCCACUGGAAACUCGAUCAAGUGUGUGAUAAAGAAUGGCAUCACUAUGUGUUGAACAUUGAGUUCCCAGCAGUGACUUUGUUUGUGGAUGGUGCCACCUUUGAGCCCUUCCUGGUCACGGAGGAUUACCCUCUGCAUGCCUCCAAGAUCGAAACCCAGCUCACCAUCGGCGCCUGCUGGCAAGACCUCUCAGGACAUGACAAUGAUACUGAGACUCUCUCAGAGACUUUGACAGGUGGCAGCGCCCUCAUGACUCAGUACUUCCGGGGAAACCUGGCUGGACUCAUGAUCCGCUCUGGCAAACUGGAGAACAAGAAAGUUAUCGACUGCCUCUACACCUGCAAGGAAGGUCUUGAUGUGCAGCUUCCAGAGGAAGUAGCCUCUGCUGUGAAGGUGGAGUUUAACCCCAACCAGUCCUCUCUGACUCUGGAGGGAGAUGACAUUGAGAGCUUUGAGAAGGUCAUGCAGCACAUCUCCUACCUAAAUUCCCGGCAGUUCCCCACCCCAGGAAUCCGCCAUCUGCGUGUCACCACCACUGUCAAAUGCUUCAAUGAGGAGACGUGCAUCUCUGUGCCUGACUCUGAAGGCUACGUGAUGGUUCUCCAGCCAGAGGAGCCAAAGAUCAGCCUCAGUGGAAUUGACCAUUUUGCCCGUGGAGCAGCUGAAUUUGAGAGCACAGAAGGCGUUACGCUCUUCCCUGAGCUGCGCAUCGUCAGCACCAUCACCCGUGAGGUGGAGGUGGAGGUGGAAGCUGAGACCGAGGCCGGAGGCGAGGAUGAUCCAACAGUGCAAGAGACUGUGGUAUCUGAGGAGAUUAUGCAUAACUUGGACACGUGUGAGGUGACUGUGGUGGGAGAUGAACUGAAUGGAGAUCAUGAGAGUUUGGAGGUGGAUCUGGCCCAAAUCCAGCAGAGAGCUCUGGAGAUGAGCUCUUCCAACGUGGGCAUGGUCAUCACAGGGGUUAACACCAUGGCGAACUAUGAACAGGUCCUGCAUCUGAUCCGCUACAGGAACUGGCACACAGAGGCUCUGUUUGACAGGAAGUUUAAACUUGUCUGCUCUGAACUCAAUGGCCGCUACAUCAGCAAUGAAUUCAAAGUCGAGGUCAACGUGAUCCAUACAGCCAACCCCAUGGAUCAUGCUAACAACGCUAUGGUACAGCCUCAGUUCAUCAACCAAGUACAGCAUGCUUCAGUGGACCUGUCUGGACACAACCUGGCUAACAUGCAUCAGGCCUCAGUUGUCCCCAGCGCAGCCACCAUCGUUAUUGUUGUGUGCGUGAGCUUCCUGGUGUUUAUGAUCAUCCUUGGCGUCUUCCGUAUCCGUGCUGCCCACCAGGGCACCUUGAGGGACCAGGAAAACGGCAAAGAGAACGAGAUGGACUGGGAUGACUCUGCCCUCACCAUCACCGUCAACCCAAUGGAGACUUACGAGGAUCAGCACAGCAGCGAAGAGGAAGGAGAUGAGGAAGAGGAAGAUAGCGAGGAUGGAGAGGAGGAAGACGACAUCACUAGCGCAGAGUCAGACAGCAGUGAGGACGAGGGUGGCGAACAGGAAGACCAGCAGGGUUCAAGCAGACAGCAGCAGCUGGAGUGGGACGACUCCACCUACUGAUCCUCCUGAGCACACAGUACACACUACUUACCAUCACACACACACACACACACACAAACUCACACAAUGACAAAUCCACCCACGCACAGUCACAUCCCUCUGCCAAUAGGGACGCUCAUGUUCCCCCUACCUAAGGAGCCAUGCGUAAAAAUGCGGAAAACACUGAAAACUAAACAACUAUACAAUAUAUGUACAA